AGAGAGACAGCCGCCAAAAACACACACACACACACACACACACACACACAGAAGGGGCGGGGGAGAAAUUACACCACCGACUGGAACCAGAGAGAGGAAGCACGACAGGGGUUUGAGGCGAGAGAGAAGAAUACACAACCCCCCCCCCUCCCCACCCCUUUCUCAAAUGUUUGCUAGUUUGCAAAAGUGUGCGGCAAGGAUCCCCAGCGGCCGGCGAGGUGACGCUGCCGGACAUCCCCGCAAGUUUUAUUUCGUGUGGGUUUUUGCUUUGGUGGGGUGAGACCAAUUCGGGUCCCCUCCUCUCAAAGCGAGGUGGAAGCGAAUACUGAAACUGACAGGAUCAGCCUCGGCGAACCCGGUUUUUCUUUUGGGGGGGGGGGGUCUGCCCCCUCGCCACCCCCGAAACCGACACCGGCGACGCGAUCUGACCCGAGGAACCGGGCAACCGAAGUCGACAGGAGAGACUUGGCAACAUUGUGUCGGAAAUCGACGGGGGAAAUUAACAAAAAGACGUGCAACAUUGUAUCUGAAACGGACACUGGGAAGUGGCAACAUUGUAUCUGAAAUUGACUAGUGACAACGGCAACACUACAUAAAUCAUGGACGACAGCGCAGAGGAGGACAGCUGCACCGUCAAACAUGAGCUUAAACACGCAAACCUAACGGGACACCCAGAAAAAGUGGGAAUGGAAAACUUUGAGCUCCUGAAAGUCCUGGGGACAGGAGCUUACGGGAAGGUCUUCCUGGUGCGGAAGGUAUGUGGCCAUGACACAGGCAAGCUCUUUGCCAUGAAAGUGCUGAAGAAAGCUUCCAUCAUCCAGAAGACCAAAACAAUGGAGCACACCAAGACAGAGAGGCAGGUCCUUGAGCAGAUCCGCCAGAGCCCCUUCCUCGUCACGCUGCACUACGCCUUCCAGACCGACACCAAACUUCACCUCAUCCUUGACUAUGUGAGUGGAGGCGAGCUGUUCACCCACCUGUACCAGCGAGACCACUUCAGCGAAGCAGACGUUCAGAUCUACAUUGCCGAAAUCAUUCUUGCCCUGGAGCAUCUGCACAAGUUAGGGAUCGUGUACAGAGAUGUUAAACUGGAGAACAUCCUCCUGGACAGUGAGGGACACGUGGUCCUCACUGACUUCGGGCUGAGCAAAGAGUUUCUCACAGAUGAGAAGGAGAGGACCUAUUCAUUCUGUGGCACCAUCGAGUACAUGGCCCCAGAGAUCAUCCGGGGCAGCAAAUCCGGACACGGCAUGUCAGUCGAUUGGUGGAGCCUGGGAAUCUUGCUGUUUGAGCUUCUGACUGGUGCGUCUCCAUUCACCCUGGAGGGAGAGAAGAACUCCCAGGGGGAAGUGUCCAGGAGAAUCUUACAGGCCGAUCCCCCGAUCCCCUCUGAGAUCAGUCCAGCUGGUCGGGAUCUCAUUCAGAAGCUCCUCAUCAAAGACCCGAAGAAGAGGUUGGGGUCAGGACCCAAGGGAGCGUCAGAAAUUAAACGCCAUUCCUUCUUCCGGGGGAUCAACUGGGAGGAUCUGGUUGCGAAGCGCAUCCCGGCGCCCUUCAAGCCGGUGAUCCGGAGCGAGAUGGACGUCGGAAAUUUUGCGGAGGAGUUCACGGAGAUGGAUCCGACCUACUCCCCGGCCAGUCUCCCCCACAGCGGGGACAGGAUCUUCAAGGGCUACUCCUUCAUUGCUCCGUCUGUGCUGUUUGCUCGGAACGCUGUGACCUCCGGAGACCUGGACCUUGAGCUGAGCGAAGUGGGCAGCUGCCCUGAUAGCAUGGCAGUCGCUCGGAGUGCUAUGACCAAGGACUCUGCGUUCUUCCAGCACUAUGAGCUGGACAUGAAGGAGCCACCCCUGGGAACGGGAAGCUUCUCCAUCUGCAGAAAGUGCCGGAGCAAACUGAAUGGGCAAGAGUACGCUGUCAAGAUCCUGAGCAACAGGAUGGAGAGUCACAUCCAGCGAGAGGUGGGAGCUCUGAGGUUGUGUGAGGGUCACCCUAGCAUUGUCAAUCUUCACGAGGUUUUCCAGGACCAGUUUCACACGUACCUGGUGAUGGAGCUCCUGCGUGGAGGUGAGCUGCUCGAUCGAAUCCGUAAGAGGAAACAUUUCAGCGAGUUGGAGGCGAGCCAGAUCAUGAGGAGCCUGGUGUCCGGAGUCAGUCACAUGCACGACACUGGGGUGGUGCACCGAGACCUGAAACCAGAGAACCUACUCUUCGCGGAUGAGAGAGAGGGCUCCCCCAUCAAGAUCAUUGAUUUCGGCUUUGCCCGCAUCAAGCUGCCCAACAGCCAGCCCCUUCAGACACCCUGCUUCACCCUGGAGUAUGCUGCCCCCGAACUGCUGAAAGACCAGGGGUAUGAUGAGUCCUGUGACCUCUGGAGCCUGGGCGUCAUCCUGUACACCAUGCUCUCUGGGCACGUUCCCUUCCAAAGCUCCGCCAAAGGCAUGUCAUCGUCCAACACAGCAGAGAUCAUCAGGAAGAUCAAGGGCGGUGACUUCACGUUUGGGGGCGACGCGUGGAAAAAUGUCUCCGAAGGAGCAAAGGAUAUUGUUCGAGGUUUACUCACUGUGGACCCUGCGAAGAGGUUGAAAAUGUCAGAUUUACGUCACAAAGACUGGGUCCAGAAUGGCAGCCAGCUCUCUUCUGCUUCGCUGAUGACCCCUGACAUCCUGGAUUCUGCGGGAACUACUGUCAAUACCUACUUCAAGGCAACUUUCAUGGCCUUUAACCAGUGUAAGAGAGAUGGAUUCCUCCUGAAGAGUGUGGAUAAUGCCCCGCUGGCCAAGCGUCGGAAGCUGAAGAUGAGCACGGGGGUAGAGACCCGGAGCUCCAGCGACAGCUCAGCGUCCUCCUCAUCCUCGUCAGCGGGCGCUACCACCCGCAGCAAGGGGGCCCCGGUCCGGGGGCCCAAACAUAAGAAGCCUGACACACUCUCUCAACCCUCCUAGGGGUAGACACUCUCCUCCCUGUCCCCUUGGUUUGGGGGGGGGGGGGGGCGGUGGUGGGGUGUUGAACAAGUGCACAGUUUGAACCAUAAACCUCCCACCCCCAUCCCCCAAUCCCACACCACCACCCUCUCCUCCUCACCCACACUGCGAAAGGAGGGCAGGUGCUAUUUGACUGUGGGUGGCUCACAAACCCCGACUAUCCUCGACCUGUGCACUGAGUGGCUGCCUCUUCACAGGGGCAGGGAGCUGGGGGGCUGGGGGGGUUCAGAAAUAGUGGGAUCUUUCUGUGCAUCGGGAUGAGUGACUCAUUCUGCCGGGGAUGGGUGUGAGAUGUUAAGAGGGAGGGGGUUAGAUGCUAUAAAUGGUUUUGAGAUGCUUAGGAGAAAGAGGGGGAAAAGGUUGGUGGGAGUGGGGGGGGGCGGCUAGAAAUUUUACAAUUCCACAAUAACUGUCCCCUCUUUCUCCCUGGGUCACCAUGUGUCCUACCCCCAUCAGGAAAGGGUUUGAUUCCCAGCAGGACAGGGAGUGAAAACCAACAAAUGCAUUUCCCCCCCCCCGAGUUCCUUCCCCUCACUACCCUGUUUAAUAUUUGCCCCUCAGCGGGGUGGGGGUAGGGAUGGCGUGGCGUAUCUUAGCCACAGUGGGGCCCCUGGGCUCUACCACUGGGCUUAAUCCCCAGGCCCAAGGACCCCACAUUUAGCCACAUCACCUUCAGGGGUUUGGCGGGGG